AUGGCUAGGAGCGGCAGGGAUGGAUUCCUGCGCCGCCGCCGCCGGCCACAUGCCGUCCAUGGUGAUGACCGGAUUAGCGCCCUAUCCGACGAUCUCCUCCUCGACAUCCUUGGCCGCCUGGACACCCGCACGGUCCUCGGCGCCGGGAUGCUCUCCAAGCGCUGGGCCGGCCUCGCCCGCGAGCUCCCCGCCCUCGACUUCAUCGUCGGAGACAUACUCCCGCCGCGCUACCACCGAUUGGUCCUCCAUCAUCGGGACUCCGAGGCAAGCCAUUCGAAGUACAAAUUCGGCAGGCCAAGGGUGGAGAAGGCCAUGCCUCACAUCCGGAGGUACGAGCGCCGCGCCAUGCGCGCCCUGACCAGCUCCGUCGAGAGCCUCUUGGACGAUGGUGUCGGCCGGAGGAUCAGCCUCAGGAGGCUGACGCUCGAGUUCUUCUCCACCCACAACACCGGCUGCAUCAACCGGCUCAUCUCCAGGGCCAUCGAUGCGUGGGAGGUCCAAGACCUUGUUGCCGUCGCCAGGCCGGUCUACUCGCAGCGCCGAAAGUUCCACGCCUUCCCCAGCCAGGGCAUCUGCGAGGCCCCGCACGCGUCGCCGUCGCGCCUGCGAAGCCUCAACCUCCGAGGCUGCGCGCUCCCGUCCCUGCACGGGCACGCCGCGCUCACCGUGCUCGUCCUGCAGGACACGCCCAUGUCGACGCCGGAGUCGGCGUACGCGGGCAUCCUCACCUCGUGCCCGCAGCUGCAGGUGCUUCACCUCAUCUCCUGCUACAGCGCGGGCAUUGGGCAGAUCGUCGUGGACGCCCCCGGGUCAGACCUGAGGGAGCUCGUCGUCGACGACUGCGCCGGGUUCAUGUGGAUACGCCUGCGGGCUCUUCCCAGGCUCGAGCGCCUCGCCUCCCUGGGCACCAGGGUGGUCUUCGAGUCCGACGCCGCCUCGUUUCCCUGCCUCCGGCAAUGCAACCUAGCCCUGUGCAUGGGUGUCACGGAGCAGGCGGCUCGGCGACGCUCUGCGCCACGCACCAAGCUGGAGCUUGGCGCGUUUGUGGGACGCAUCCCGGACGUAACGGACCUGAUUGUUCGGUUCACUGGACCUGACAGAUGGAUCGUGCCAUCCGUUUCCUCGCCGUCCCUGCUGCCUAAUCUCCGGCGUCUGCUGGUCGCCGACGUGCCUCGGUGCUGGGACGUCUCGUGGCCCCGUCUCCUCCUUGAGACGGCGCCUUCCCUCGAGACCCUCCAUGUCCACAUUGCCCCGCCGCCCUGCAAAGGGGAAGAGCAACCCAGCAGCCGCGAUGAGAUAUCGUGGCAGCCCGCCAUGCCUGGGCACCGUCGCCUCAAGGAGUUUGUGAUGGUUGGUUUUGAGGGGACGGAGAGGCAGGUUUACCUCCUCAGGUUUGUCAUGGCAGUAUGCAGCACGGCGUUGCGCCAUGUCGCCGUGUUCAAGAAGGGGCAUGUUCGGAACAAGGGCCAAUGGGACUGGGAGCUGGUGACGCAGCAGCAGCACUCGCCGUGGACCGACGAGGAGAAGGACGACACGCUUAAGCAGAUCAUGAAUGGGGUUCCUUCUUCCUCGGCCGCUUCUCCGGUUAUAGUUUUUGGCUGA